CCGUACUCAUCAAGUUUAUCCUCUCAUACUUUAGCUCGGUUGAUCCUCGUUACUAUCCCUCUUCGAUUAUUAGCUGAAAUUUUGACAUGGGUGCUAUUCGACCUUUUGAAAUUCUCAGACCAUGUCCUCAAUAUGCUCCGGAUUUGGGUAUCCCCGUCUCCAUGGUGAAUGUAAAGGGCCUUGCCCGUUUGAAGAAACAGGACCCGAAGGGGUUGGGACAGGGCAUCCAGAAGCCCGCCACCGCCCUCUUUAAGAAAGCCGAGGGCGAUGCCGCUGCCGGCAAGAGGAAGGCAGUGGCCAAGGGGUCCCCCCCGGCUACCAAAAAGCCGAAAAAGGGGGAUGUCGCCGAGAAGGAGCCCUCGGUCAUUAUCGCUGAUGAGCCCCCCGCCUCCGGGGUGCAGGUGGAGAAGCUGCCGGUUGGAACGCCGGCGGGGGCAGAGGAGUCGCUGCCUGAGAUCCUCACAGUUGCGUUCCCGAGGGGUAUGUCUUUGGCCAGCGGCGCCGUCGACCCGGGGGCCAUCCUAAGGGGUAUGACCCCUGAGACGGAUAGGGCUGCCCUCGGGGCCUACAAUGAUGCGGCCCUCGAGGACCACAUUCUCCGCUCCUCCCUCUCUGCUUGCUUAGCCCUCGGCGAACAGGAUCGGAGGCUUCAAGAAUGGCGCCUUCACAGAGCGGAGCAAGACGCCAGAAUGAGGGAGUGCCUUUUCAAGAACCAGGAGGCGGUGAAGCUGGGGGCCCAGCUAGAAGAGGAGUUCCGGUAGAUGAGCUUGAAACUGGAGGCUGCAGAGAAAGGCAAGGCCGAUGCUGAGGCCGCUGCCAGGAGAGCUGCUAAAGAGGCCGAGGACUCCAAAGCGCUAGCUGUCGCCAGGGCUCAGGAGGAGGCCGUUGAGGCCUUUGUCGCCGAGGGUUGGAGAGCCGAGGGGCGCAAGAUGUGGGUGUCCUCGGUCGUGGAGGCCUGCAUUGAAGAAUGGGCCGAGGGCCCUGGGUGGGAAUGGAUGGCCCGGAAGGGCAGAGAGUACUAUGAAGCCGGCGAGUUCUUCACCCAGGCCCUCAUCUACCGGAGGAUGGCCCGACAUUUGGGCAUCGAGCAAAAGGACUUCUCCCCCUCGGCGUAUGGUCUUCCCCCCUUGCAGCCUGAUGUUCGUGAGCCGCUCCCGGAAGGUGUUCAGAGGCCCGACCUUGAGGACACGGUGUUGAAGAAUGAGGCCGAGGACGACGCUGUCGAGACCGGAGCGGAGGCAUCAUCGAGGCCGGCUGUAGAGGGCGCCCCAGUGAACGAUGCUGUCGUAGUCGUGGAAUGAUUUUGUACUUAGAAAUCUUUGAACAUCUUUUGUAAUGAACAACAUUGUUCCUUCGGCUUCGGCCCGUUUGUAAAUUCACACUUACUCUUGUUUUUGAUGAAAUGCAUGCUGCCUCCGGGCUUUUCAUAUUCGAAUACGCCUUAUGUUUUGGAUG